AUGCCUUUCUUCACCGUCCAAGAUGGGACCGAAAUCUACUACAAGGACUGGGGCAACAAGUCAGCACCAGUCGUGACCUUCUCUCAUGGCUGGCCGUUAUCAUCCGACGACUGGGACAGUCAAGCAACUUUCCUGGUCAACAAAGGCUACAGAGUCGUCGCCCAUGACAGACGAGGCCAUGGCCGCUCAUCCCAUCCAUGGGAUGGGCAUAACAUGGACCAGUAUGCCGAUGAUCUGUACGAGCUCUUCGAGAAGCUUGAUCUGAAAAAUGUCAUGAUGGUCGGCCACUCAACUGGUGGUGGAGAGGUCACCCGUGUGGUUGGCCGUCAUGGCACAAGCAGAGUCUCAAAGGCUGUGCUGAUUUCGGCAGUUGCUCCUGGUAUGCUGAAGACCGACACCAACGCGACAGGCGUGGACAUCUCGGUCUUCGACGGGUUUCGUGCUGCUAUGAACAAAGACCGUGCCCAAUUCUUCCUGGACGUACCGACAGGGCCGUUCUUCGGCUUCAAUCGUGAAGGCGCUGAAAUCAGUCAAGGACGGAUACAGGAUUGGUGGCGUCAGGGUAUGAAUUGCAGCUUCAAGGCUGCCUAUGAUUGCAUCAAGGCGUUCUCUGAGACAGACACAAGCGAGGACUUGAAAAAGGUUGAUAUACCUAUCCUGAUCCUGCACGGCACAGAUGAUCAAGUCGUGCCGAUCGACACCAGCGCAAGACGUGCGAUCAAACUCUGCAAGACUGGGACGAUCAAGGAGUUUCCUGGCGCACCUCAUGCUCUUCCCUCGAUCUGUGCCGAUGAGGUCAACCAAGCACUGCUUGAAUUCCUCCAGUCCUGA